AUGCGCCGAAAAAAGAGGACUUUACAAGAAGGGAUUGCAGAUUUCUACGAUGCGUCCACUGGAGUUUGGGUGGAGAUUUGGGGCGACCAUUUGCAUCACGGCUACUAUGAGGACAACUCCUGGAGAUCGCUGCAACAACAUAGAGAGGCACAGGUUCGCAUGAUUGAGGAAGUGCUGAGCUGGGCAGAAGUUUCAUCCGGUCCUGAAGCUCCCAAAGCAAUCUUGGACGUCGGCUGCGGCGUCGGAGGCUCUUCGCGUCAUCUGCAGAAGAAGUAUGGGGCGAAAGUCACCGGUAUUACCCUGAGUCCAAAGCAGCAACAGCAAGCCACAUCGCUGUCUGUCAAGUCGGGACAAGCUGAUAGCUGCGAAUUCAAAGUGGCAGAUGCACUGAAGAUGCCCUUCCCGGAUGACUCUUUCGACCUUGUGUGGUCACUGGAAAGCGGCGAGCACAUGCCUGAGAAAGCCAAGUUUAUGAGUGAAAUGCACAGAGUCUGCAAGCCUGGUGGCCGCAUCAUCCUCGUGACAUGGGUCCACCGUAACCUGACAAAAGAUGAAGCUUUGAAGCCGAAGGAGCAGCGCCUUCUCAAGCAAAUUAGCAAGGCAUAUCAUCUGCCGGAUUGGUGCAGCAUGGACGACUACUGCCAGAUCGCCGUAGCCAAUUUGGGCAUGACAGGCGUGGCCUCCAAAGUGGAGCGUGCAGAAAUUGAAUCCGCAGCAGUCCUUCCUCCAAAGGAAUUGAGAAUACGGAGCGAAGACUGGUCCCAGUUCAUUGCUCCCUUCUGGUCGGCCGUGAUCCAGACAGCACUGCGACCGCAGGGUUGGUGGGCACUGGCAAGAGGUGGCCUGGAGACCUUCCGCGGCGCCUUGGUCAUGCCACUGAUGAACCGUGGCUACCGGACCGGCACCAUACGCUUCGGUUUGAUGACGGGCUGCAAGACGCCGGCAGGUGGCGACACUGCCGCCGCCAGCACAGCAGCAGCCACGGCCCUAUCGGCCCGGCGGCCUGGGCGCCUGGCAUUGUGCGGCGCUCUGGGGCAGGUUGUUUCUUCUUCAACAAGAAGAUCUUCGAGACUUGUGGGUCUGCUGGAUCUGGCGAAGACUGUAUGGGAUUUCUCACGUCCUCAUACAUUGGUUGGGACGAUCAUCUCCAUUACGACCGUUCACCUUUUUGCGGUGGCUCCAUUGUCUGCCAUCGACUGGCCACUGUUCGCGCUGCAGACAGUCAGAGCGCUCGCGCCAGCAAUGCUGGUCAAUGUUUACAUAACUGGUCUCAACCAGAUUUAUGAUGUUGAUAUUGAUCGUCAGAACAAGCCAUAUCUGCCCAUUCCGUCUGGCAGACUCUCCGUUACCGCUGCGUGGCUGAUCGUGCUCGGCUCUCUUUUUGGUGCAGAGGCGGUGACGUGUACCUACCCGACCGCUGGCGUCAUGGCGCUGCAGUUUCCAUUGAUUGCAAGUGCCAUCUUGGGUACGGCCUACUCUGUGCCGCCGUUCCGCCUGAAGAGGUUUCCAUUUCUGGCCGCAUUGUGCAUCAUCGUUGUGCGCGGUAUUGUCGUCAACAUGGGCUUCUACUAUUACAUUGUACAUGCCCUUGGCGUCUCAGGACAGGUGUCAACCCUCCGCAGCGCAAUGGCUGCAAGCUUCUUUGCAAUUUUCGGCCUGGUCAUUGCUUUGAUGAAGGACGUUCCCGACGUCCUUGGGGAUCAGAAAGCAAGCAUUAGAUCUGUGAGUGUGCGUUUGGGGCCUGCGCGGGCCCUUCGCAUCGCAGUGUCGCUCCUCAAGUUCCUGCUGGUGGGAACUGCGACAUCCUUCGGCCUAGCAAGUGGUUGGGCUUUCGUCAGCAAGGCUCCCGGCAGUGCACUGGCCAGAGGUGUUCUGGCUGUCAUCUCCCUGCUCUUCUGCAGAUCGCUUCAACGAAAGGAGAGGCUGGUCGAUGCCGAGAAGCCCAAGCAGGUGUUCGACUUCUACAUGUUUGUUUGGAAGAUCUUCUACUUAUGCUACUUGUUGCUCCCUUUGGCAAUGUGA